AUGGCCUUCGCAAGCUCUUCCCUGUCCGUCGUCGGUCCUGUUGCGCACGCACUCCAGGUUCAGGCACGACCGGGAGGACAGGGGUCAGGAACUUCCUCGUCCGAAGCUGGUGCUCCCUUACUGCAGACCGACCAAGCAGGCAAUGGGAAUGCAACAUGUUGCAUUUGUCUGGAGGACGACGUUCCGCUACAGGCGCUGUGUACAUCGGUAGAUAAAGACGGGAAACUGGUGCACUUUAUGUCUCAGGGCAAAUAUGGAUCUGGGUCUGAAAAGACAAAGAUGCACGUGCUAUUGUCAUGCAUUUUCUGGAAUAGACAAGUGGUCUGGAAAGCGAAUGCACGCGAAGCCUUUGCAGCGAAGGCUUUUCGAUAGUACCUAUCCUGCAUGAGAAAUAAUUCCCUAUAAUUCGUGUAGCAAAAAGUGGACAGUAGCGUUAUUUGGCACUCAUGCAAUACAGAUUUUUGUCUACUCGAAAUUUAGCAUCACAAGUUGGAGCGCUUCCAGAUGACCCAGACAUGUUUGCCAUGCAUGCACCUUGCGUGCGAGUAUUGUCUUGACCAAUGGAGGCAGCGGGGAACGGUUCGAAAUCCAAAGACCUGCCCUUUGUGCCGGGCACGGUCUCCCGGGCAGCGGCAAAGGCAGCAAGAGGAGCUGCAAAGGCGGCAAGAGGAACAGCAAAGGCAGCAAGAGGAGCAGCAACGAGAAUAUCCACCUUUCUUGUCUAACGAACUUACUGUGGCACAUCAAAACCUUGAACUCGGGCGCGUUGCUAGGUGUUUCGGGGGCACAUUGUUUGCAGCAGCGCCUGCAGUUGCGGGUUAUGUCAAGUGCACGGGACACGUCCCCCUUAGUGCACCAGUUUAUUGUUUCGACGUAGCGCUAGACCCGGUCGUGAACGCAUGCGGAAAUCCCGUUGUUGCACUUGCUUACGCGUAUCAAAUGUAAAAAUGUCUGGGUCUGGAAGAAUGCAACUUGUCAUGCUGAAUCUGAGGCAUGCAAAAAUCUGUGUUGCGUGAUUACCAAAAGUCGUCCGGUUUUGACCAAGUCGGGAGAGAGUUCGUCAUGCAGGAUAGGCAUUAGAAAGGUCUCGCAGAAUCGGUCAUGCUAUGUCCUACAUACCAGACCUCGUCGGUCAUGGAAAACCUGCAUGACAAAUCUGGGAAUCUUCCAGACCCAGACAUUUUUGCAAUCCAUAACGCGGGGGUGGGCGCAAUCGUCUGCGGGUGUGGGGAAUACUGGGUCCGCCAGGCACAUUUGGAACGGCGCCACCUUUUGGAACGGCGCCGCCUUUAUCAUGCAGAAAGAUCCCGUGUAGCAGCAGCCAGGGCCGCUUCUAGGCGGCCGAUGGGAGGCGACGGCGCGCCAGCCCAACAGGAGAUGAGGUAGGCCCCGUGGACCUCCAGACAAGAGUUGCACCCCGACGCGAGGUCUCCCACCCGGAGGAAAUCGGUUGGCAGCUUUUAAACAGACCGGUCGCUCCUCCGCAGAAGUUUUUUUAGCAGUCCCGUCUACGUCGACCGAGUUGGUCCUCUUUCCGAUGAUAGUAUAAACGUUGUUGAAAUAAAUCAAAAUCUCCCGCAACCACUUGCAGCCUUGUAGACGACCCACAAAUCUAUGAUUGUCAUUGUUUGCGCAGGAGCUCCUGCCACAUGAGUGUAGAAUAGACUUUCAUCGUUCUUCGCAAACCAAAAGCUUUCAACAAGGACCACCAGGAGUCCUCGGACUACGAAACUAGUUCUGGUUGAACUAUCAUCAAGCCAUGUUGAAAUAUCAUCCAGCCCGACCAUCGAAAUCUAUGACGAGAUUUUUCUUUUACGAGUAAUACUUACAACUGGUAGAGGCUGGCAAUAGAUUCACAAAUCAGCAUAAGAAGAGCACCGCGCCAAUUCUAGGUUAGGGUAACGCGCGCCUUCGUCUUCUUCAUUUUCAACCCAUUUGAAUUUGGUGGCACAGGGUCGUGUGCAUUAGUAUUAGAAAGACAAAAUUAUAACCGCAUACCCAGCUUCGCUACGGACGUGCAAGAUUUAUAAGUAGACUGCAUUCUGGAGUUCUGUUAGAUGGCAAGAGAAGCCGAGGAAGAAGCAAAGCCAAGUUGACUGUUUUUCAGGAUGUUGAAAGCCUCUAUACAUUUUUGCCCCCUUCUCCUCUGUCUAUUUUGCACGGCGCCCUGUUAUAGGUAUAGCAGAGCCAAAAGAAAGAAUAAGCCCGAAUAAAG